AGGAUGCAGGGGUGUGGCUUCCCGUUCUACGUGCUCUGGGCUCGCGUCGCGGUGGCGGACGGUAACAAGAACUACAACCCCGCUGCCAGGCGCGUUCCCGGACCUUCAGGAUACAUUGGAGAACCAGGACCGAGUCGGGCUGGUCCGGGAUGAGAGUUUAGCCUUCGCUGCUGCUGCUGCUUCCUCCCUAUCUGUUUUAACUUCUCACUGAAACCGCGAGACGGAAGAGGACCCGUCCAACGUUACAGUCUGUCAAGAUACGGUGAUUUAAAGACGUGUUUGAAGCAGACAUCAUGGAGGAUGACAUGAUGUUCAGCAUGGAGGAGGAGGGAAGCGCCAAGAGGCCCCUCGUCCAACAAAGUGUCCCCCACCAGCGGGCCUCCUCCCUCAGUGAAUCCGCCAGUGAUGACGAAGACCACUUCAUCUGCCCGAUCUUGGACGACUCCGCCAAAGACAUCUGUCACUACCUGAAGAAUAUGGUUUACACCCGGCAGCUGUCAAACUCUUUUCCGAAGAGCAACUUUAUGUUCAAGAAUGAAACAGAAAAGUUGGCAGAACCUCGACCGUACAGGGUUUUGUCACCGAGAGCACGGGAGCUUUGGAAACACGCGAUCGAAAAGGCCAAAGCGAUGCCCGACCCCUGGGCCCAGUUUCACCUGGAGGAAAUCGAGACUGAACCCUGCAUUCGUUACAGGUACAAUGCCAUCACAGGAGAGUGGGCUCAAGACCAGACCCACAUCAAGAUGGCUGCCCAGCCGUUUGGGAAAGGUGCCAUGAGGGAGUGCUUCAGAACGAAGAAGGUGUCAAAUUUCUCACACAGCAACAACUGGAAGUCAGCAUCUAACUAUGUGUCCAAGCGUUACAUGGAGACGGUGGACCGGACGGUUUACUUUGAAGACGUCAGGCUGCAAAUGGAGGCCAAACUCUGGGGAGAGGAGUACAACCGCCACCGACCCCCCAAACAGGUGGACAUCAUGCAGAUGUGUGUGAUAGAGAUGACGCACAGACCAGGUAAACCUCUCUUCCACCUGGAACAUUACAUCGAGGGCAAGUACAUCAAAUACAACUCCAACUCUGGCUUCGUGAGGGACGACAACAUCCGACUCACCCCACAGGCCUUUAGUCACUUCUCUUUUGAGCGAUCGGGCCACCAGCUGAUCGUGGUGGACAUCCAAGGAGUUGGAGAUCUCUACACUGACCCUCAGAUCCACACAGAGAAGGGGACGGACUUCGGAGAUGGAAAUCUAGGUGUGCGAGGCAUGGCGCUGUUCUUCCACUCCCACCUGUGUAACAAGAUAUGCAAGAGCAUGGGCCUGACGUCUUUUGACAUUUCCCCUGCAGAGAAAUCCCAGCUGGACUGCACCAACAAACUGCUUAAGUCAGCCAAGACGGUGCUGAGGGGGUGCGAGGAGCCCUGCGGUUCUCCUCGCGUUCGCACCAUGUCGGGAAGCCGGGCGCCUCUGCUGUUGUCCCGCCUGUCUGCGACGUCUUCUGUGGACGAGAGCGAGGUGGACUCGGUGCCCUGCUCCCCUCUCACGCUGCCCUGCUCCCCGCUGGCUGCAUAUGGAUUUCUGGGAAAGUCUCCUCUCGGCUUUUCAUUUAUCGGAAUGGGCGAGCAUGAAAGACACAAUUAUUACAACACAGGUGAAAACAAGGACUCUGAUAGCGGCGGGGACAGCGGCUAUCCCAGCGAGAGGAGGAGUGAAGGAGACCCGCAUGACCAUGUGGACGGGGCCCAUCAUCGCAACCAACGGCAUCAUUCAGAGUCGGACGAGGACAGUUUCAGACGGAGGAAGAUGGCAGCGUCUCCAAGAGCCACUUCAAACUUAAAUUCUUACAAUGCCGAAAACGAAUGGCUGACGGAGGAGAAUUGGAGCUUCUACCAUUCGUCUCGCGCUCACGUCCACCGGUCCUCCUGUGUGGCCACCGAGGUGGAGCGGCUCAGCGCUCUGAUGCAGAAGAAGAUCGGCCAGUCGGUCCUCGGGAAGGUCCACCUGGCGUUGGUGCGGUACCAUGAAGGGGGGCGCUUCUGCGAGAAGGACGAGCCGUGGGACCAGGACUCGGCCAUGUUGCACCUGGAGAGAGCCGCGCUGUGCGGAGAGCUGGAGGCCAUCGUGGCCUUGGGACAGUGCUGUCUGCAGCUGCCUCAUCACAUACUGCCGGAAAUGGGGCUGGAGGAUAACGCUGGAAACAAGAUGAAAGGUUUCAAGUACCUGCUGCUGGCUGCGGAGGCCGGCGACAGAUCUUCUAUGAUCAUCGUGGCCAGAGCCUUUGAUUCGGGGAUCAAUCUGUCAGCUGACAGAAAGCGGAACUGGGAGGAAGCGAUUCACUGGUAUGAAAGUGUGUUGAACAUGACGGACUACGACGAGGGAGGAGAGUUCGACGGGACGCAGGACGAGCCUCGUUACCUGCUGCUGGCCAGAGUGGCAGAGAUGUACCAAGUGGGAGGCUGCAGCCUCACCGCAGACCCAAAGAGAGCAGGUGAUCUGUUUACAGAAGCAGCAGAAGCUGCCAUGGAGGCCAUGAAAGGUCGACUGGCUAACCAGUACUACACGAAAGCUGAAGAAGCCUGGGCGCUAAUGGAGGAGUAAUUUUAGAUAUACUUUUUUAUUACAAAAAGGCCACCGGCGUUCAUUUUUACACAUACAACCGGAAUGGGUACAGUUUACAUAUUUUUAUUGUAUGAUAUUAUCUUUUUGCCAUUUGCUGUGUGUGUGUGUGUGUGUGUGUGUGUUUUCAGCCAACUAGAACCGGGCUUAAAUGUCCAGGUUUCUGUUCUUCUUUUUUCGGUUUCUUUUCUUCCAUUCCCUGUUCUCUGAUUACCUUUUGACCUUUUGACCUUGUGAAUGUAGUUGCAUGGAAGAGAAGGUCUAAAUCAUCAAAACAAUGACAAUAGUUUACCUACUUUUCUCUACAUUCAUGUUGGAAGAAUGCAUGUUUAAAAAUUCUUGGAAUAUAAAACGAUUAAAUAAAGUUGGCUUGUAAUGGGUAAACACAU